AUGGACACAGCCAGCCGCUGCGGGUGCGUUGAAUGGGUGACCCAGGAGCGUUUGAACGCGGAGAUGCGAGCCAAUGCGACCAGCGCCGAGGCACCAUCGGACACACAAAAGGACCAGCGUAACGGCGCCGAGAAUAUCCGCAAGAAGUGGGAGCAGACAGUGGCACAAGACCUUCGACAGUGGGCUGCUCCAGGUUCCAGAGACGGUGAACUCGCAGGUUCCAAGUGGAUGCACACCUUCGAUCAUGGAAGGCUGACAGCCCAAGUCUCCUCCCUGGAGACGCAGCUGCAGGUGCACAGCCAGGACACCGGCACGAGCCAUGCCCGGCGUCCGAGCUGUCGCCGCCACGGAGAUCCGUCCGAAGAGGCCAACGGCCAACGGUUUCGCAACACCAACAGGCUGGACACUGGGGCCGUGGAGCGGCCGGACUCGACGUGUGAUUUCCUGAACCCGAAUGACAGAGUGGGGAGUUUCAGUUUGGAGUCCCUCCCUGAAGAGGAGCAGAGCAAGCGCGAGGUGCUGGCGAGGCAACUGGAGGAACGCAUGGAGACCUUGGGCGAGGCGCUGCCUUGCUGGAAGGUGACUGCAGCCCGCGUGGCCACAGGACUGAUGCGAGCAUCGUCCUGGGCCAAUCUGGACAAAAGUUCUUUGAGCCAUGCAAUGCUCCUCAUGGGUGGCGAGAGGCUGGUCUUGCGAGUCUUGCUGGUUGAACUGGCUGAGGACUGUUACAAUGUGCUGCUCUUCGACGGCAACGCUGUGGACGACAGGGUGAAACCCAAUGCAUCUAUCGUGAUUGCCGGCCUGGUGGUGCACUUGCCCACCGCGGGAGGCUAUGUGACUUCACCCAGGACGCCACCAGGGUUGAGGGUGUCCAGUAAAGAGCUGGGCUGGACGCAUGGAUAUUGGAUCACACUUUGGAGCCGCGAGGUGGCCCGGAUGGCGGUGCAAGUGGACGCCAACGAGAAGGAGAUGAAGCGCCUGCUGAAGGCACCGGGGAAGAUGGGGGACCAGUGGGGACCUACUGAUCCAGUGGACAUGAUCCGGAUGGAUCCUGCCGAGUGCAGCGAACUUGAGGAGAUCCAAGGUGUGGAGGUGGCCUUGGAACGCCGGGUGUCUUGGCCGAUCAGCGGAUGCUCCAAGACCAGGAUCAUUUGGCUCAAGGGCAGAGCCAAGAUCCAGGAUUCCUUUGUGGGGCUGAUGAUCUUGGAGGUGCCCAAUGUGACCUUGGUGGCGGAGGCAAGUCUGCCAUAUGACGACUACGUCUCAAUUCAAUCCUUGCAUGCGCGUGCGUGGAAGGCAAUCCUCCUCCCUGCCUUAACCAUUUGGGCGAUCGCUUGGGCUGGCGGACGGCCUUUGUUGAGGAAGACGUUGCCCUUUGGCACGGCGGUGUCUAUUUGCUUGCUUCUGCGCACGCUGGGAGAUUGCAUGGCAGCACCUUGGAACCGCUUCCAAGCAAGCACGGCCAUCGUGACCGUGGUCCUCCUCAUGGAACCAGGCAUCACCUUGGAGCGUUUGAUCCUGAAGUUUCUGCAGCGGCUGGCGGGCACCUGCUGCGGAUCACUUCUGGCCAUCCUGAUGGCCCUCUCCAUUGAGGUCAUGGGUAAGGAUCCGGUGCAGAUCUGCAGCUUUUGCUUCGCCGUCUUCACCAUCUUUGGCACCUUCCAAGUCCUUCGUGGCCACUUGUCCUUCAUGUUCUCGGCCAUGUGCAUCUCCUGUGCAGCGGUGAUGUUUGGCUUCAUGGUCUCUGGCUGGGUGCUGAUCCACGCGCAGGUGGUCUCGGUUUUGGUGGGCGAGAUCAUCUCCUUGGUGUGUUCCCUCUUCUUCGAGCUGGUGCUGGGCGAUCCCUCGGGCGGCCCAUGGUCCCUGGUCCACUUAGUGAAAUCCUGCAAGGAUAUUUUGGAUCAGACCCAUACCGCCGUCGAUUUAGUCUUCACCAAGCACACCUCCCUUCUGCUCUCCUCUACCGCCAGCCGAUCCGUGCAGUUCCGCCGAAGCGGCCGUGCGCGCACGCUCUCCGGCAGCCUGUUGGACCUGCUGACGCGCCGGGUGAGUCCCGCGUUGAGCGACGUGGUGGCGCGCUUGGGGAUUUUGGAAGAGGAGGAAGCCGGCCGGGCCCAACGGGCUCGAAGCUGCGUGGAAGAGAUUCAGGCCUUUGGGAUCUUCACCCAGUGCAUUCGAGAGAAGCCACGGGACUAUCAGCUCCUGCCUCAGCAGGUGCAUGGCUUGUUCCUCCAAGCCUGCGCUUUGGGCCACAUCUCUCCGCUGGCGCCGCGCGACUGGGAAACCAUCGGCCGCCACUUCCAGAGCGUGCGAGGCUUUAUGAGGGUGGCUUUGGAGAUGCUCAAAUACAUCUUAGACUUGGCGCUGAAUCCACUUGGUCGUGCGCCUUCAGCUGGGGAGUGUUCUGGCAAGCUGGAACGGCUUUGUGGCUCAUUGGAGGGCGCCCGCGAGGAGUUGUUGAAGGCUUGGGCCACCUCGAAGACCGCCGGCAGCGAGACCGCCGCGGCCGACGACGAGACCGCGACCGCCUCGUUGCACGCGACCGCCGCCCUGUGCACCUUGCACCCGACAGGUCAAGGCUUUGAUGGUUUGGUCGUGGAGAUGGCGAGUUUUGCCCUCUUUUACUUCCAAUGGCUCAAGGUCGAGGAAAAGGAGGCCGAAUUGCAGGAACGAUUGGCUUCGUUGCUGUCUUCGAGCCCCCUGUGCAUGCAAUGACGCUGCCGCAUGUACAUGCGGCAGC